GCACGUGCCCUAGAUUCAACUACGCUCAAUUCAAGGCUGUCAACGGGUGAGGUUAUCCAAGUUUUUAUUACUUACGCACGGCCUAGGCAUUGCGAUAGCUAGUAGUCGCGCAGGUACAAUAUACAUACAUAUACGCAUACACAUCCACAUACUCAGGCAAUAUGCAUCUCCGUCGCUCAAGUUCGAUCGAUCCUAACAGGAACAGGAUCGCUAGUCUCAGAGCAAGUGAUAUCUUUCCCUCAGCACAGUGUACUGGCACAGACACUUGCGGCCUAAUCGCUCCCAGCAUCAAGUUAGACUCCAGUUGUUGUCAUAGCAACGAAACGUCAAGUAACGGAUCAAGAGAUAAUCACUUGAGUAGUACUGUAUCUACUGGUAGUUUAGACCGUGCUGACAAUUCUCUGGGUGGGCAUGCACAUUCACAUACGCAUACAAAUAUGAACGCAAGGAGGUCUAUGCUAGCGUCUACCACGUCAUCUGGCACCACGCCGACAUACCUUUCCAAAGCACACCAUUUGCACCAUCUCAGAACCUCGCCGAAUUUCUACCAGUGUAUGAGCAUGCCUAGUUCGCCUAUACUGCCCCGGGUUAAUUUUAUAUUCGAUGAUAACCUCGACUACGACCAGUUUGCGCCCGCUUCGCGUGAUAACCCUGUACGAAGGGAGGUAACUGUAUCCAAGGCAACGGCAACUACUCCAUUCGGUGUAGAUCUAAUACAACUGGACGAUGGCUUCUUCGUGGCGAAGGUGUACGAGAUGAUGGAGUAUGGGGGGUGAGCGUACAGGUGCGU